CUGCCGGCAGCAACGGUCUCGAAGACAGCGGUCGUACGCGCACGGCUCGCAUUCUCGCAAAAUACCAGGGGCCACGUGCGCCCUCCAAGGCGAGACCCUUGCCCCGCUACCACGCGUUUCCGGCGCGUACGCUAGUCGUGUUUUGAAAGCGUUCGCCUAUGGAGCAAGCUGCUCAGCAGCAUAGAGGACGGACUACUCCAGAGCAGCGUAAGAUCUAGAUCGAGUUUUCCGCGAGCGAAAAAUGUUCAACGCCUGCGAGUGAGUCUGUGGAUGACCCAAACACCGGUUGACAAUAAGUGCUGUAGAGAACUGUAGAAGUAAAGCAGAGUGAAUCCUUGAACUUGCGGGGCACACCCACACCGGGGGAUUGGUCCAGAAGCGGGCAUUUCUAAAGGAAAUCCUUAAACUAGAAUUCAGUUCCACUGCCGCUCUGCAGAUAGCUGCCAGACGCGCGACAGUGCAGUCGCCGAGAUACUGCGUGGACGACGAAGAGGUCGACGAAGACAAGAAUGUCGGGCUCCCUUUUCUCCGACUGGUGCGAGGUGUACCUCUGCAGUAGGCCGCUUCAGCAGGGGAACUCCAUCAAUGGCGCUGUCAACGCGUUUUCCCUGCUGACCUCUUCUUCGCAGUCGGCGAGCGGCAACUCGUGGGCGAUGCACUGGCUCCUCGUGUUCGACUACGGCGAGGACGAGGUGCUGAUCUGCGAUGCCGACAACCACGAUGGAGACCUGACGGGCCGCACGUACUGGAAAAAGAGGAUUACGCUAGAAAACUACGAGAACAAGAGAUAUCUUGCAAAGCGGAACAUUCCAAAGGAACGCAUUGACCAGUUGCUGAGGAAGAUGUGCGACUCCGGCCAGUACCAUUACACCAAGAACAACUGCCAAAAAUGGGCGCAAGACCUGCUGCGCGAAUUGGACAUUGAAAUUCCCGCUGACGAAGUCGACGCCCGCACUGUAGUGACCAACUACAUACAGCCGGCAGCCGUCGCUGGUGCCGUGGUGUUGGGAGCCGGUCUGCUCGGUGCGCUCAUCUUCGGUGGUGGUGCCCGUCGGAACAGACGGGACUAGACAUAGCACUACUUAACAGUGGUUCUCUUUAAAAACAACGUUUCAGUAGUUAGGGAGCUAAAUUCUUUUUCCAGCGCAGUUUUGCGAAAUUUUUGUUAUUGCGAUCCGUGUUUGACAAGUCCAAAGACAGGUCAGGAGAGACACAGAGACUCGCAUGUCAAUUUUUGUAUCAUGCAGUGGAAUGCCACGCGAUUUGGAUCUUCCUCUCAUCGACGUCAGGUCCAGGAUGGCAAUAAUUCUUACUUCAGAAGCAACGUUCUUCUCAUAAACGCGCUGGUGUGUCUUUCUUCGCGGACUGCGGACGUAUUGUAGAGGACUCGUGUGUCCGAAGUUCCUGCGAAUGCUCAAAUUGAUUGCUGAGUAGCCAGAGAAGCCAUAAAAAAAAUCUCCGAAGUGGUUGCCUGAAGCUCCCGGAAAGACAUAAUAAAAUUUAAUGUGGGCGCUGAGUCUUGAGAUGCACGUCACGUCGUCGAAUUUUGAACCCGUUUUUUUAACACACUCAGUCAACUUCACAAAUGUGGCGUUACUACUAAUGCAUAGAUGUUAAUGGCAUAUUGAGGUGAAACUGAAGGUUUUUGCAAUUAGUUUAUGUGUGUUAGAGCUGCUGUAAAAUAAUGGCACGUGCAAUAGAGCUCUACUUGUAGAGAGAGAGAUAAUAGAAUCUGUUUACAAAGUUGCUUAGGGGAGGCGACCUUAGUCCGGGAUGCUUUGAGCUCCGAAAACGUCUAGAGCCCUCGCGAUCGGCCUUUGAUGGUCGACGCAGAAUCCCUGCAAAAGACAGGACAUAAGGAAGUUGAACUACAAUGAUUUCCACAAUAUGCGCUAGACGAAGCAGUAUUUUCUAAAUAUUUUCGGGCAACUCGCUCUUCCUCAUAUGGGUGAUGCUUAGACGAAAACAGGAAAAGGCACCAAAUGAAGGAAAUUAUUCCUGCCUACAUGCACGAAUACCUUUGUUAAACUCUGCUUAUCAUACUCCCUGUAAGUGCAAAUGUCCUCUUCUCAAAGGAGUGUGGAAAUGCUUAUUCACGUUCCACUGACUCUCGCAGUUUCGAGAAGAAUCUCAGAACAGCUGCCUUUGGUUUAAAUAUGUUAUCUAAUGGGGAAACGAAGCCUUAUUUUACGCUGCCCCGUACCAGUUUACGAAAGUGCAAUUUUACGCAUUACAGGAGCAGUACGAAGUACCCAGAGUUAAUCUCAAAGCAUUAUCGCAUUUCGUGCCUCAUCUGAACUUGUUUCUCCUGAAACAACCUGUCUUCGAACGCUGUUUGAUGCCUCAGUGACGCAUUGUUUUGUUCUUUGUAUUCUGUGUGCGAGUGUGCGUGCGUAUGUGUGUGCCUGUAUACGUGUGUGCGGGUGUGUGUGUUUGCAGAAAGCUGCGUGUUCUCUUCGAUGAUCACUUAGUGGCGCCUGCUAUACGUGAAGUGGCGCUCAUUUUAAACAGUGUGUGACUGCGUUAUUUGCCUGCAAUGCUGCGUUAGCGCGAAUACAUUCAUUUUGGUUGUGUUGUAUGUAUUUAUUUUCCUUUUCCCUUUUAUACUUUGAGGUACGCAUUAAAAAGAAACAUAUGUAUGUUU